UACUCUAUCCUCCUCCAGCAGUGUUUUAGUUUUCAAAGCUGAAAACUACAAAAUGCCCGUCGGCGACGACUCCGUCCCUAAUUUCUCCUCCGACGGCGACGACAUACCCUGGUGCGACCACGACUUCGUCAUUGUAAGCUCUAUCUUUUGGUGCAUCGUAUGAUAGAGUUAAGAACUGCUCAACAUUUUGAUGCAUAAUUCAGCCCCUCCUUUGGAAUGUAUCAUAGCUGUGAGAGAGCGGUUGCUGAGGCUAAAGAAGGUUCCUCUGAUGAUUUUUUGCAAAAAUGGAUCCUGAGUUUAUUAUGGGCUCUUGUUCACUCUAGACGACUUAAAGAUGUAAAACGUGGGAUAGAAAUGCUUGAAGCUUCUUUGGCCCGUACCAACAGCUCUCUGCCAAAAAAAGGCCAGCUUUAUCUUCUCGCUGUUGGGUAUUACAGAAGUGUUGACUACAUGACGAGUCGGUACUUCGUGGAUGAAUGCUUAAUGAUUGCACCCGAUUGGAGACGGGCGCAGGCCCUUAAGAAAACAGUUGAAGAUCGGAUCAAAGAUCUUCAAGGUGACGACACUGGCAUAGGCACUGUUGCAGCUGGCAUUGCUGCAGCUGGCAUUGUUGUAGCUGGCAUUGCUGUAGCUGGUGUCGCUGGUGUCGCAGUGGUUGCUGGUUGGAUUGCUGCAGCACUGACCAGGAAGAAGUGAUCCAAUUCUAUUUGAGUUCACCUCGUUGCUAUAAGUUUAUAUGAACAUGUUUAAUCCUCCAAUCCUGCUACCUGGCUAUCAUGUUUUAUUUAUAAGUUGAAAAAUUGAAAUGGUCUUUAUUAAAAAAUUUUACCAGAGAGAUGUAGAAACUGCACAAGUCUUUACCUGACUUGGUUUGUUAUACAAUAUGUUGAUGUACAUGGAAGAUGUAAUGUUAUGGGUAAGUCGGUUUAACUUGUUCA